AUAAAGGUAGGUGCAUUUGGGAGAAACGAAUAGUGUUGGGGAGAAAAGGGAAGAGUGUUGUUGUCUUCUUUGAUUGCAUCGAAAGUAAAAAUGGUAAAGACGAAGAGAUUUGAAGGGAAGGUGGCCAUCGUCACCGCUUCCACACAGGGAAUCGGCUUCGCCAUCGCCGAGAGACUUGGCCUCGAGGGUGCAUCUGUCGUCAUCUCUUCUCGCAGACAGCAAAAUGUCGAUGCGGCUGUGGAAAUACUCAGGGCCAAAGGAAUCGAAGCGUCGGGGCUUGUUUGCCAUGUUUCCAAUGCUCAACAAAGGAAGAAUUUGAUUGACCAAACUGUGCAGAAGUAUGGAAAGAUAGAUGUUGUUGUGUCCAAUGCUGCUGCAAAUCCUUCCGUUGACUCCAUUUUGCAAACAAAAGACUCGGUCCUUGACAAGCUAUGGGAGAUAAAUGUCAAAGCCACCAUACUUCUUCUGAAGGACGCAGUGCCUCAGAUGCAGAAGGGUUCUUCUGUCGUUAUCAUUUCCUCAAUUGCUGGUUAUAACCCGCCACCUUCUUUGGCUAUGUAUGGAGUGACCAAAACUGCUCUACUUGGACUUACCAAAGCCCUGGCUGCUGAGAUGGCUCCAGACACUCGUGUAAAUUGUGUUGCUCCUGGUUUUGUGCCUACUAACUUUGCUUCAUUCCUUACAACUAACGAUGCUUUGAGGAACAAGCUAGUAGCGGAGACAUUACUUGGUAGGCUUGGUACAACAGAAGACAUGGCUGCUGCUACAGCUUUUUUGGCAUCUGAUGAUGCUGCUUAUGUAACAGGAGAGACCAUAGUGGUUGCUGGGGGAACGCCUUCCAGGUUGUAGCUUCUACUGUCAUCUCAUCUGUUGUGGGCCCAGCCCAACACAUACUUGAAGCCCCGGUGGAUAUAUAUUUACUGGGUUGGAACAGUGUUUAUUUCAAGUUCUUGUUAGAUUAAAUACCAGUCAUGAACUCUUUUUAAUACAGCCAAGGGAAUAAACCAUCAUGUUUAUCUUUAAA